UUGAGCGGUGGAUCACCGGGAAGACGUACGUUUCUUGGCGGACAUCUCGUGAUAGGACUGUCGCGAUAUCUUGUUAGGAUCUGGAGCGCCUGGAGGGAGAUUCUAUCUUCGAUGGGCAAAGUACAACUCUGGAGGUGUUUUGGCCCGCUGAUUUUUCUUCAUGGCUACGUUUCCAUUAAGGGUUUUGCCCCAAUGUUCGGGUGCUGGUAAAACCACACUCACGUGUUGAUCUUAGAAUCUAUAGUCUGGUUAGUUGGAGAUGUGGACCACUCUGGACCGAUGCUGGGGGGUCUGCUCCUUGUCCGUGAUGCUUACGCUGGCCAGUGGGGCGCCAAGUGCCAACGAGCCUAGCAACAUGUCAUUUGUGAAAGCCACCGUGGACAAGCUGCUGAAAGGAUACGACAUCCGUCUGCGGCCUGAUUUUGGAGGUGCCCCUGUAGAUGUGGGCAUGCGUAUCGACAUCUCCAGCAUCGACAUGGUGUCUGAAGUCAACAUGGACUACACCAUCACCAUGUACUUUCAACAGUCCUGGCGAGACAAGCGUCUCUCCUACACUGGUAUUCCUCUCAACCUAACACUGGACAACCGCGUGGCUGACCAGCUCUGGGUCCCUGACACAUACUUUAUUAAUGAUAAGAAAUCUUUUGUUCACGGAGUGACAGUGAAAAACCGAAUGAUCAGACUGCACCCUGAUGGAACCGUGCUCUAUGGUCUCAGAAUUACCACAACGGCAGCAUGCAUGAUGGAUUUGCGCAGAUACCCACUGGAUGAGCAGAACUGUACCCUGGAGAUUGAAAGCUAUGGCUAUACCACUGAUGAUAUUGAGUUCUACUGGCAAGGAGGAAGCAAUGCAGGAUCAGUGACUGGAGUGGAGAACAUUGAGUUACCCCAGUUUUCAAUCAUAGACUACCAAACACUGUCCACAAAAGCUGUGUUUGCCACAGGCUCGUAUCCACGACUUUCGCUGAGCUUCAAGCUGAAACGAAACAUAGGUUAUUUCAUCCUGCAAACCUACAUGCCCUCCACCCUGAUCACCAUCUUGUCAUGGGUCUCUUUCUGGAUCAACUAUGACGCCUCAGCUGCCAGAGUGGCCUUGGGUAUAACUACUGUGCUGACCAUGACCACCAUAAACACUCACCUGAGGGAGACACUUCCCAAGAUUCCAUACGUCAAGGCAAUUGACAUCUACUUGAUGGGCUGCUUUGUCUUUGUUUUCCUGGCUCUACUGGAGUACGCCUUUGUCAACUACAUUUUCUUCGGCCGAGGUCCUCACUUGCAGAAGAAGAUGGCAGAAAAGGCGGCAAAAUCCAACAUUGACAACAAGAGUAGGCUGGAGAGCAGCAAAGUACAGGUUGAUGCUCAUGGAAACAUCCUUCUUACAAACCUGACGGGUGACAUUGGCGGCGGAGACAUAAUUGGCUCUCUGAAUGACCCCCGGGCCACAAUGUUCUCUUACGACAGUGCCAGCAUACAAUACCGCAAGCCCGUGACCAGCCGGGACCUGUACAGACGCCCGGCCAUCGACAGGCCAAUGGGCCACAAGAAGGGUCAACUGAGGAGGAGAGCCUCACAGCUCAGGGUCAAGAUCCCUGACCUCACGGAUGUCAAUGCCAUAGACAAGUGGUCGCGUGUUGUUUUUCCAAUCACAUUUACCUUUUUUAACCUAGUCUACUGGCUUUACUAUGUCCAGUAAGUUUGCCAUUGGGAGCCUCUUUGGCAGCAAUGACGUGAAGGCUACCUUGUGCUUGUACUGAGGGGGGUAAAAUAUCUGCCCAUUGGUAUACAGUACAUCCCGUUUUGGAAUAUGGACUUCUUUCAAAUGUAAAUACAAUGAAUUGUACAGUAUGUAUGUAUAGAAUGUAUAUACAUGUUAUAUGAGGUGUAAUUUAUGAAGAAUUAUACUUUGGUUCUUUACACCCAACCACAAGAUAUAUAGAUAAAUAUUGUUAGCAAGUAAAGGGUGUACAAAUAGACCAAAAAGAGCUGUGAACUGUUUUUUGUCAUCUUACGUUGUGCAUGUUAAAAAAAGACAGCUUUAAUUUUCUUUCAGGGUACCAAAAACAAAUGUAAAGAGAAUAACAAGUGGACCAUCCCCGACCCGGAGAUGGCACUCCACACUUUUCAGAGCGAGAACUAUGGACUCGGACUUGGAGGUGCUGAUUGCCAAAUCCCGGCCGCUUCACACUCUGCUGAGAACCAAUCCAGUGAGAGUUGAAGGUCAAGGCCACAAGUGGCCCCAAGUGGAGGAGUUUAAACACCUCGGGGUCUUGUUCAUGCGUGAGGGAAGGAUGGAACGCGAGAUCGACAGGCGGAUUGGUGCAGUGAUGCGGACUCUCAUUUACCGUUCCUCCCCUCAACUAUGGUCAUUAGCUUUGGGUAGUGACAGACAGGACAACAUUGCGGGUACAAGCGGCCGAAAUGAGUUUUCUCCGUAGAGUGACUGGGCUGAGAAGCACUGUCAUCCAGGAGAAACUCUGCGUAGAACCGCUGCUCCUCUGCACUGAGAGGAGCCAGAUGAGGUGGCUCGGGAAACUGGUCAGGAUGCCUCCUGGACGCCCUGGGGAGGUGUUCAGGGCGUGUCCGACCAAUAGGGGAAGACCAUGUUGGAGAGACUGUGUCUCUCAGCUGGCCUGGGAACGCCUCUGGAUUCGUUGGGAGGAGCUAGACGGAGUAGCCGGGGAAGUCUGGGCUUCCCUGCUUAGGCUGCUGUCCCCGUGACCUGACCUCGCAUAAGCGGUAGAAGAUGGGUGGAUGGAUGGAUUGAUGUUCAGGCCAUGUUGAUUGAGAUGCACGACGAUACAAUGGAAAUCCUUCAUUUGUUUUAAUAGUCAUAAACUUUUGCACUAAGUUUCAUUUCAUUCUAUUUAAUUUUCAAUAUUUGAAAGGGGCUACUGUAUCUGGUGACCAAUCAAUAAUACAGUAAUCCCUUGUUUAUCGUGGAUAAUUGGUUCCAGACCCGACCAUGAUAAGUGAAUUUCCAUGAAAUAGGAUUCCUUAUUCAUAAAUGGAAUAUUUUUUAUUUACAGAUUAUUAUUUAUUUAUAUUAUAAAUGUAUUAUUGUUAUGUGAGACAUGAUCACACGUCUUUCCCUUUUCUGUGCAUUCUAAAGAGAGAAAAACAGCUAACAAUGCA